AGAAGGAGAGACCGCUUGAACAGACGUAAAUAUUUUGAGUAUAGACUUCAAGCAAAUCAGUGCUUCAUGAUGUUUAUCCUUCUUGCAAUUGUUUCUGCCUUCGCUAUGACGACAUGUGCAAGUACUUGUAUAUUGCCUGAGAUAACAUGUGAAACAGCAUGGGAGCAAAUGCCGAAUAAGUUAUACCAGGUAUUCGGCGGCAAUGAUCCGUUUAACGAAGUAACAUCAUGCCGAACUUUAACGAAUAUACGACCUAUAUGCAACACACAGCAGAUGAAAAUAAAUUUUACAAGUUACUCUGAAACGUUUGGUCACGCCUCUUUCGAUGGCGUUUUCCAAAAGAAAGACACAGGCACCUACAAAAUAAUCAUAUCGGAAGAAGCUCGUGAAGACCUGAUACUGCAUGACAAAUUCAUUGCUGACGUGAAGAAAACAGGGAACGCUGAGGAUUCUAAUGAAGAAUUCAAUUCAUUCGUGGAUAUGGAUCAUGUCUUUUAUUCAUGCGAUGGAAAGGUGCUCAUUCAUGUUUGGUGCAGUGACAACGGAAGAGUGGUUCAAGUGUUCAAAGGGAGUGCAAAGUCGACUGCUGAAGAUGCUCUCUAUGUUCACAAUACUUUUGCCAAGUGGAAGAAUGGAUGGGAAAAUGUAGAGCUUUACCCUUCUACAUGCUCGCUCCAGCCUGCCAGUAAAUUCUGAAUACUGAGUUAGAUUUUAUGUGAUGCUAAAUUAAGAAUGAAACCAGCAUGCCAGUAAAUUUUAAAAAAGAGCAAGCAACAUUAUCAAUGUCAACUAUUAUUAAACACCUAUGUUUUUGUUUCACAUAAAAAGAAAAUAUAAAUAAUGAAGAUUUUGUACAUUUAAAUAAUGAGAUAGUGUUUUCGAUCCCCAUAUACGGUGCUAACAACAAUAUAUUCAUCCAUCAUGUUUUUUUUUAAAUUGUUUCUAGACUAUGGAGUCAGACUUAAGUGUACGUUUUUUGUAUAUGCAUUGCGUGAAUAGCAGUGAAAAAAUAUAUUUCGUUCCGCUAACGCCGCAGCACAUUUAAUGGGUACC